AUGUCUGGCAUGACUCCCGUCUUCACAAAGGAUGCCUGCCCUCCUGCCGGUCCCUACUCCCAAGCUAUCCGUGCCAACGGGCAGCUCUUCAUCUCCGGCCAGAUCCCCGCUGACGCUAGCGGCAACCUCGUCGAGGGCAACAUCGGCGAAAAGACACAGGCCUGCUGCAACAACAUCAAGGCCAUUCUGGACGCUGCCGGAUCCAGCGUCGACAAGAUCGUCAAGGUCAAUGUCUUUCUCACUAAUAUGGCCGACUUCGCCGAGAUGAACGCUACUUAUGAGAAGUUCUUCACCCACAAGCCUGCUCGUAGCUGUGUUGCUGUUGCUCAACUGCCCAAGGGGGUGCCGGUCGAGAUUGAGUGCAUUGCUCUGCAGUAA